CAGGAAGUCGUCACCACGCUAAUACGUCACUUAACUCCAAUACGGAAGAGGUCGUCAUCGUUAAGGUUGUGAGUUGGAAGCAGCACGAAAAUGUCGUGGAUUAAAGAAGGUGAGCUGACCCUGCUUGAAAAGAUUUCUGCUAAUAUCCUAAAGGCAGGACCUAUACCUAAACACGUGGCCUUCAUCAUGGAUGGAAAUCGACGCUUUGCACGUAAGAAAAACAUGGAACGGCAGGAAGGACAUAUGCAGGGCUUCAACAAGCUGGCAGAGACACUACGUUGGUGUAAGCAUCUGAAUAUCCCAGAGGUGACGGUGUACGCCUUCAGCAUUGAGAACUUCAAGCGCACUAAAGAUGAGGUGGAUGGGUUGAUGGAGCUGGCCAGGCAGAAGUUUGAAAGGCUGCUGGAGGAACGUGAAAACCUGGAGAAGCAUGGUGUUUGCAUCCGAGUGCUGGGCGACUUAAAUAUGCUGCCACUAGACCUUCAGCAACUUAUUGCCAAAGCUGUGCUCACAACCAGGAAUCACAAUAAAUGUUUUGUCAAUGUGUGCUUUGCCUACACAUCAAGAUAUGAAAUCACCAACGCAGUCAGGGAAAUGGCCUGGGGAGUAGAGCAAGGCCUGAUCAAAGGAAGUGACGUAUCGGAGGCCUUGCUAAGUGAGUGUCUGUACAGCAAUAACUCUCCCAAUCCCGAUUUGCUCAUUCGCACCUCUGGAGAGGUGCGCCUCAGCGACUUUCUUCUUUGGCAGACAUCCCACUCCUGCCUAGUGUUUCAGUCGGUUCUGUGGCCAGAGUACUCGUUCUGGAACCUGUGUGAAGCCAUUCUGCAGUAUCAGCUGAAUCACAAAUCCAUCCAGAAAGCCAGAGACCUCCAUCGAGAGCAUCAGGCUCUGCAGCAGUUAGAAGCCGACCGUGUUUGUGUAGCAGAGCUCUCGCAGCACCAUGGGAAUGGAAAACCCGUCGAUGCCCAGAGAAGACAGGAGGCGUUACUGCACUACACUGCCUGCCGAGAAGAACGAGUUCAGGACUUCCUAGAAGCACUGAAGCACAAACGAGACUCUUUCUUUAAUGACUUAUGCAGUGAAGCUGUGUCAUCCUAAGAAGGCACAGAAGAACAAAUCCUCUGAAGCGGGGAUGAAACCUCUCCCAUCCUCUUCCCAAAAGGGCUUCUGUGGAAAAGGGAAGAACAAGCAGUAAAUGGGAGCGGUUUUAUUUUGUUGCUGAUCUGUACGAGAGGGCAGUUUUACCCCUAUGGGGCUGUAGAAUAAUCCUGCUAUUUAUGAUUGUAGAUUUAAGAAGUCUAAUAGGUGGAAAUAUCUGGUCAAAAUGUAGUUAAAUAAUUGUGUAAAUUGUCUGUCAAAUGCAUGCUGUUGACUGGAAGGUCGUUUUAUGUGAGCGGACGCCACGGAUCCUGUGUUUUGGUUCUAAAACAUUCGUCCACAGAACUUUUAAACCGUUGUUCAAGCUUAAAGUGUUGUUUGUUGAGUGUGAUCUUGACAACAUAACUAUAUUUUGACCAGCUUUCUUGAACAAAAUAAAAUUACUGUAUGUCAUAUAUUAUUAAAUGAUGUGAAAUUCACUGUUUUGUACUUA